CUGCGAUACGCCGAUCAUUCCACAUUGUGCUUCCGAGACGGUUCGAGUAGUUGUAAUUCGAAAUAGUGCUCUGACAACAUUGCGGUAGAAGAUGGCGUCUGCAUUUUUCACGCUCCUUACAGGGCUGUUAAUACUAUUGUGUUUGUAUUUGUAUUUGAGGUACAGCCAUUGGAAAAGAAAUGGAAUUCCUACUGCUAAAGGGUAUGUUCCAAUCCUCGGCCACUUGUUACCCGUAAUGAUGAAGAGAAUGCACUUUGCUGAAUUUAUUCGAAAAGUAUACGAAGAGCACCAAGAUUACAGCAUGGUCGGAAUAUACAACGGAACAAUACCAUCAUUAAUUCUUCGAGAGCCUAAUUUAGUAAAAACCGUACUGCAAAGUAAUUUCUCGAGCUUCCACGAAAAUACAAUCAAAAUCAACCCAAAUGUGGAUCCCUUUUUGGCUAAAAAUCCGUUUUUUUGCACUGGAGACGCAUGGCUGAACGGAAGAAAACGUCUAACCUACGCGUUUUCUAACGCCAGAUUGAAGGUUCUUUUCGCAGCUGUCAACGGGGUCUGUAAGAAAUUCGAAAAUUUCUUGAAUAAACAACUAGAAAGGAAGAACAAGUACGAAGUCGAGUUGAAACCGUUGUUCUUAAGAUUCACUGGUGAAGUUGUAGCAAACGCUGGUUUAGGUAUCGAAGGUCACUGUUUCGAGGAUGAAACAACUCCCAGUGCCUUCGAUAAACUUACUGGAAAUAUGUUAACCACAUCACUAUCAAAUUUAAUCUGGCGUUACCUUCCUACUAUUGGUUAUUUGUUGAAGAUCAAAGUACUUCCCAAACGAUUAGACCAAUUCUUUAGAAGAGUUGUUGCAGAAAAUUUAGAAAUCAGACGAAGCGAGCCGAUAUACAGGAAUGAUUUCCUUCAAUUAAUGAUCGACAUGGAAAAAACAGGGGAGAAAGUCGACGAAGACGUUAUAGUGGCCCAUGCACUUUCCUUCUUCCUUGAUGGAACCGAGACGUCCAGUCUUACCUUAAAUUACAUUGGAUAUGACUUGGCCGUUCAUCCAGACGUUCAAGAAAAGCUGAGAAACGAAGUGAUGUCUAAGAUCGAAAAACACGGAGGAUUGACGUACGAGGCAUUGAAGGAGAUGACGUAUAUGAAUCAAGUGAUUAGCGAAUCUCAAAGAUGUCACACGGUUGCAGGUUUCAUGUCCAAAACAUGCACAGAAGACUUCGUGCUGCAAGGCUCAGAUGGAUUGACCUAUCGUGCGAAACCUGGUGUGCACAUAAUCAUACCCGCUGAGGGACUGCAGUGUGAUCCAAAGUAUUGGAUCGAUCCAGAAGUUUUUGAUCCAGAACGAUUCAACGAAGAGAGAAAGCAAACUGUAGAAAAAAUGACAUUCCUUCCUUUCGGCGAGGGUCCAAGAAUUUGCGUUGGAAUGAGAAUGGCUAUGCUGCAGAUGAAAGCUUGUUUGGCUAAUUUGCUGAGGAACUACAAAUUGGAAUUAUCACCAAGAACGCAAGUCCCAUUGAAAAUGUCGCCGAGUUAUUUGAUGUUGGAGGUAGAUGGUGGAAUUUGGGUAUAUAUCUCUAAGCUUUAAAGUUAUCGUUGCACUUUUCAAUGUAUGUAUUAACAUUUAUAGAAUACAAAAUUGUACUACAUAAAGUCAAAUUAUUAGUUUUGCCGUAUUGACUGUUUUUAUGUAAAACAUUAUUAUGUAUUAUAUAAAGAAAUACAUAUAUGUUGUAAUUUUUUAUGUAAUGUAUCAGUCACUACGUUAUUUCUUCUUUUAAUAGACAGAUUAAAAAAUACGAUGAUCGUAACGAUGUUAUUUUUGUACAUUUUAUAAUAAAUUGCGAUUUGCAAUUAUAUCCAUCUCGCUUGCGGCGAUAAUUUGAUAUUAUCGAAUUCAUACAGAAGUAGAGCAAACUUUGAGCGUGAUAUUAGCAUGGAAGAUGUAUGAACGUGAAAAAUUAAAAAGUAUGCGAUAUAUAGAAUUUAUGAGAGUGUGUCGAGAGCUGAUAUAUAUCAUGUGCUUCAGAACGAAGGGACUCGAACGAGUUUCCGGUGUGGUUUCCCCUGUCUUAUAUUGCUAGGUAAGUCAAAUAUACACAAAUGUAUCAAAUAUAUACGGAUGUAUGUCCACAUACACAUUCUAUAUCUUCUAUGUACAUCGUAUUAGUUAUCUCGUAACUUAUGUGCGAUCUAUUAGCCUGUUGACGGAGUCGCCUAAAGGGGACUCAGGCAAAUUAUCAAAUAUAAGAUAUAGCAAUUUCACAUUCCGGAAAGUGACUUUUACAGACAAAGAAAUAAGAGAUUAUGAGUGUUUCGCUACUUUGUUACACCGUCAGUUGGUAAAUUAAGGAAUUACAGAUUCAUCAAUUUCAAUUGAGUUUCAAAUCAUUUUAAAUAGGAUAUGCUGUGCACUCAUACAUACAUACAUGCUAUGAUAGUGGUGUGAUACAUAAUCAAUGGCUGCGACCUAGCUGAUCUUGUAAUUCGCAUACCGUGUAAUAAAACAACGGCAUUGAAGCAGAAUGUAGAAUGAUAAGCGAUAGUAAACAUCUAUUAGAGUGUGUCUGCUGUUGGGAAUCUAAUCGCCCUGCUCCUCCUGGACCUACAGCGAUCAUUUAAAUCACUUAUGACUAAAUGAAACGACAUAUAAAUAAUGGGAGGAAAGGGAGACUCAAACACGAAAUGACCAAUUUGAGUAACCAGCUAACUCGUUUCUUCCGGUUAACAGAUUAAAAAACACAUUGAUUCCGAACGGUUACGAUAAAAAAUUUCUGUGAAAAUAAACGCAAUCGAUGCUACAUAUUGCUUCGUAUAGUUUCUCGCGAUUAAAAAGAAAGGUUGCUUUCUGAAAGUUGCCUAUCAAAUAUGAAAAUUUUUGUGGACGUAUUGUUUCAUUACUUAUCUUUCGUAUAUUACGCGUGCUGUACCUCGAAACGGAAUAGAGUUAAAGUUUCUCGGGAAACAAAACAGUUUUCCGAUAGUUUCAUGCAGUUGGCGUGAAAACUUAACAGGAUUCGUAGAGCCUAGCCAUUAGUCUAGGACAGAGAAACACUUCUCUUUCUCUCACUCACUAUUUCAGGAUGUAUCACUGCGAAAGAAGAAUAAAUUACAAAUCUGGGCGUAACUUGGCGGAGCUUUCAUAAAGCUCAUUACUCGAAAAAAGCCACUGCGUUAAACAUAAUACAGCACAAUUCAGAGAAAAACAACAUAGUACGUACAAGGGAUAUUAGUGGCGGAAGCAACCACUUAAAUAAUGGUUGUAUCAUUACAAUCACAUAUAGAGUCACAACUGUAGGCUCGCAUGUUUCAAGGCCGUAUCACUUGAAGUUUUAUUCGCGAAACGCUGUGUUACAAAACUGUUAGGCGUAUUCAUACAUUUUAUAAAUAAAGCAUCAGUGAUUUUGGAAGAUAUGUAA